UGGUCGAAAAGCGGAACAUUGUAAACAGCAUUGCGCUUGUUUUUACCGAGACCGAAUUCCGCCGGACCGGUCUGGGGUCUAUGACGUGUGACUGAUUACUGAAGUAGAUUUUCAACUGUUGAGGAAACGCUGUGUACGUUGCGGUUUGGAAGUUUAACGUUUAGUCUGCAUAUCUGCCAGCUUGAGUUUAUCUGAGUGAUCAGCAGUUUUGUUUGAAGGUGUAUCAGGCGGAGUUGCUGUUCAUUUACGUGGAACCAGGCCUGAUCCGGAGGAAACAUGAAGCUCUACAGCCUCAGCAUCCUCUACAAAGGAACGACCAAAUCGAAUCUCCUGAAGGCGGCCUAUGACCUGUCUUCCUUCAGCUUUUUCCAGCGCUCCAGUGUUCAAGAGUUCAUGACUUUCACCACUGCCUUAAUCGUCGAGCGGACGUCACAAGGAACCCGUGCCUCAGUCAAAGAACAAGAGUACCUGUGCCAUGUGUAUGUGAGAAAUGACAACUUGAGUGCUGUGGUCAUCGCAGACACAGAGUACCCACAGAGGGUCUGCUUCACAUUGCUGGACAAGGUUUUGGAGGAGUUCUCCAGACAAGUGGAAAGUAUAGACUGGCCAUCUGGUAAUCCUGACACUGUAAACUACAAAGCCCUGGACAUUCACCUAUCAAAGUAUCAGAACCCCAGAGAAGCAGAUGCAAUGACCAAAGUGCAAGCAGAACUGGACGAGACAAAGAUCAUUUUGCACAACACGAUGGAAAGCCUGCUGGAACGAGGAGAGAAACUGGAUGAUCUGGUGGCAAAAUCAGAGCACCUGGGCAACCAGUCCAAAGCCUUCUACAAGACUGCACGGAAACAGAACUCCUGCUGUGAAGUCAUGUGAUGCCGCCGCCUCGUCCUCACGGGCACGCCUCUCUGCCUUUCUGCUUUUUUUCCUGCAACCCCCAUCAUGCACACAGCCACCGUCUCACCACAAGGCCGUCUGGUCCCGGGCGGGGCGCGGGAGCCAGGGGCGGGCGGCCGGCCUGGGCGUCCAGCCCGGGCCUGACCUCUCCGAGCUGUGGCUGAUGGGGGCUGAAGGAGCGACGGGGCUCGGUCAGAAGACGAAGCCUCAUUUCUAACAAAUCGUAUUAACCUUUUCAAUCGGGGGAGACAUGGUGUGAUCUGUACCCGCUGGGAACGUCCCACUGUGGCGUAAUGUUCUGGUGAUGUGUCGUCCAAACCGUUUAAUGUCGCUCGGCCCGAAUCAAACCAUAAUAGCUCGAUCUGUCGUAUUCAUCGGAACAGUUUUAACCACAGUUGUGCUUUUGCGUCAAGGCAACUCGGACAAUCUCACAGUCUUAUGAGUUCACCUCUAAAAAUCCUUCUUUUCUCGUAGGGACAGCCUUGUGCGCCCACGUGGCAUUCCCCCGUUUGGCUCCAGCACAGUUUUACCGAGCAUUAGUGCGGAGCUGAAUCUCCAGGCUCCAAACCUGAGCCUAGCACAGACCCGUGACCUAACAUAACAGGAAGUCACAGUAACUUUUGAAAAACGUGUGCUCUCUGGUGCUUAGCGGCAAGGCUUGGCCGUCGUGUGUCUCUCUGAUAAUGUUAAAUGGAAUCUUCAACAUUCCCAGUUUUGAUGAGCGUGUGAGUAACGGUGAUGCUUUAGGCUGACGAGAACUGAGAUUUGUAGUCAGAUGUUUCCAGAUAAACACAGCCUUACUGCAGUGUUUCUGACCCAGAACGCUCCGUCUUCAGGCUCUCGCUUUCUAUCGAUGUGAUCAUUUGCUGUACUACACACGUUUUGAUAGACGCCGCCCCGCACAGGCUCCUCCAAUCAGCAGCCUGCGUCCUCAGGAGGACCGGCUCUGGCCGCCUGUCGGGCAGCGUCGUUCCUCCCUGAAAAGGGGGUCGGACAACGUCAGUCCGAGGCUGGCUCUUUCUGCUUUUACUGUGAGCAACCGUUCGCUUCAAUUUAGGUCCCACUGGGUAGAAACAAAUUUCUUUUUUUUUCUUCAGGAACCGCCGAGUUUAAGUGAUGAAGUGAUGCCUUUGGUUGUGUAUUUUAGAUGUUUCUCUUCUCUGUGUGUGCGUGUGCGAAUCGCCGAUCUGCCACAUCCAGCUGUGGGCUGCGUGGGUGUGGAGUGCCUGUGUGUUUGUGUGUCUGUGUGU